CUCCAACAUUUAACAGUAAACCGCUUGAGAAGAAGCCAGGAAUUCUCAUUCUUGGAUCUCCCAACGUCGGCAAACGUACCCUUCUCUCUCCUGGUUGGAUUGUAGAAUCAAGAUCAGGACUAACAGAUAACUGAGGAGGAGGGUAACCAUACAGACCUUCAAAUGGAGUACUCUUGUCCUGAAGCUGCAAGGUAGUUGGUAUUAUACCACCAUUCAGCCUAACUGAGCUACUGUUUCCACUGAGUAGGCCUAUUCUAAGUCACGUACGUCAUCAAGACUACUUUCAGUAGAUUCUGAAGAUGCAUUUGAGUCAUCUUCUAACAUCCUAUCCUAUCCGUGGACAAUCAACACCAAGUAUUAUAAUGCUGAUGUUUCUGUUUGGAUGGCCCAUCUUCAUGAGGACUUCUCCAUUAGAGCUCUGCCAGCAUAUGAUCAGCUUGUUGCAUUGGUGAUGGUCUUUGACGUUAGUGAUCUCUCAUCUUUUGCUGCGCUUAAAGAUUUUGUCUCCCGCAUCGACAUCCUUAAGUAUGAGAUUUUGUUAUGCAUUGGCAACAAGGUGGACCUUCUUCCUGGUCAUUCGGCUCAUGUUGAAUACAGACGGCGCAUGUUGAAAAGUGUAGACUCCUCUGGUAGACCUUAUACAGAAUUCAAUUCUGGAAUUUCUGAAACAGAAGGAAGCAGCCUAUUAGGAGAUGAUGAUGAUUCAUCAGAUAUUAAGAGGUCCUACUUGGAUUGGUGCCUCGAAUACAGCAUAGAAUAUGUUGAAGCCUGUGCAUCAAAUGCUGAAUUUGACAAAUGUCUUUCUGUGGAUGGUGAUUCUCAGGGUGCUGAACGGCUCUUUGGGGCACUUUCAGCUUAUAUGUGGCCUGGAAUGAUCUUGAAGUCUGGUGAUAAGAUUACUGAACCUUCAUUACCUGAACAUCAAGAGUUGUCAGAUGAAGAAUCUGAUUAUGAACUUGAAUAUGAAAUCUUAUCUGCUGGCUCAGCUGAUCCCUGGGAUGACACAGAUAUAGGAUGGGUAUCUGCAGAUGCUCCCGUUGCAACCACUGGAACUGAGGGAUCAGUUCCCAAUGGAAAGAGUGAAAUUGGGUUAAUUAGAGGAGAAAUGCAACCCUCAUCAUCUGCAUCUCAAUUGGAAGGAGAAAGUGACAGAAAAGAAUUGCUCAGAGCAGAUGCAACUGAUGGUGAUUCAGAGGAUGAUAAAGGAACAACAUAUGAUUUGGAGAAUUUGGAACAGUUAAUGUCCGAGAUUGGGAAUGUCCGAAACAGCUUAAGGUUAAUGCCAGACUUCCAAAGGAGGGAAAUGGCUGCAAAUUUGGCAAUGAAAAUGGCUGCCAUGUUUGGUGAUAGCAGUGGAGAUGAAGGAGGAUUGGAAUGAUAGGAGAAGCUCUAUAAUUCACUGAUCACGAAUGCCUCAGUUUCACUUCUUGUAGAGCUGUUUAUAGACUAAAGGAAUCUGAUAAGCGCAUUGUGCAUUCAUGUCAAGUGAGAUUGACAAGAUGUUUAUCAAAGAUAUCUGCUAUAAAAUUUAUGGAUUUAAUUGUGUGUUUAUCAUCCAAACACAGCAGUUUUUACAAGUCUUAACAGGUGAUUGGAGAUGGUAGAAAUGAUUUUGGCUUGUUCAGGCUUCUACAGCAGUUCUUUAGAUUUCCCUGCCAGAAGCGGUUUUGUGUAAUGUUAACAAGAGUUAUGUUCUGAGAAUCAGCUGUUGCAAUAUUUAUUAAACUUCUGGUAAUGUUAUGAGACUCA